ACAAGUUGCUUUGUUGUGUUACAAAUGUGUUGAAAAAGUGAAUGUACCCUUUUCUUAGGGUGUGCGUAUAGCAUAAAAAAUGAAAGUUUAAAUUAAACGAAAACAACUCAGUUGUCUGUAUUCACUUGACGAAUUAAAAGUGCUUUUCUCUACGAUCGACUGCCAAGCAAUAAUGAAAGCCACAAACCUGUUAUAUAAUUUCAUUUUAGUAUUAUUAUAUAUGAAUGUUGCAAACUGCAGCAGCGGCUGGCAUGAACACUCCUUUUGGGAAGAUGAAACCCCUAGAAUUUCUAGAAAGUCGGAUGCGUUUGAUUUAAUUAAUGAAUGGAAGUUUUUGGAUUUUGAAUAUCCAACAUACGUGGAAAGACAACAGGCUAUCAAAAACAAUGAAUUCAUAACAGAAAAUAAUCUUCCAUUAGGCAUUGAUGUUUAUAAAAAUCGUCUUUUUAUUACAACACCACGAUGGAAAGAUGGAGUGCCUGCAAGUUUAUCGUAUGUUCCCUAUCCUACUAACGAGCGUAGCCCAGCAUUAAAACCAUAUCCAAAAUGGAGUGCGCAUGGCAAUACGGUCAAUCCUGACUGUACAAAACUAAUUUCGGUGUAUCGUACGUCAAUUGAUAUAUGCGGCCGUUUAUGGUUGAUAGAUUCCGGAAUUGUUAACGCUUUAACUACUUUCACACAACUGUGUCCACCAAAAAUUGUAGCUUUUGAUUUAAACACUGAUGAAUUGAUUUUAAGUUAUGAGUUGCCACCGGACCAAGUGAAACAAGACUCUCUGCACUCCAAUAUAUUAGCUGAUGUUCGUGAAGGACAAUGUCAUGAUGCUUAUGUGUAUGUGACUGAUGUAUGGCGGUUUGGACUUGUGGUGUAUAGUUUAGCAAAACAAAAAAGUUGGCGGAUAACCAACUUUAAUUUUCUCCCGAAUCCAGUAGCGGCAGAUUUUAAUAUUUAUGGACUAAAUUUUCAAUGGUUAGAUGGUAUAUUUGGCUUAAGUUUAUCGGCUGAAAGCAAAAAUUUCUUAAACAAUGAUAGAAUGUUGUACUUCCAUCCAAUGGCAAGUUUCAAGGAAUUUGUAGUUUCAACUAAGUUAAUUCAAAACGACAGUGAUAAUACACAAAAUGCCUUAAAUUUUUUCCCAAUUGGUGAUCGUGGCAGUAAUGGACAGUCUUCGACAUCUAAUGUGGAUCGCAAUGGCAUCAUGUUUUUUACUCAAGUACACCGUGAUGAAAUUGGGUGCUGGGAUACAUCCAAGCCAUAUAUACGCGAAAAUCUAAAAUUUUUGGCGAACGAAAAUGAAAGCAACAUGUCACGUUUAAUACAAUUUCCGAACGACUUAAAAGUUGAUCAAGAGUAUGAGCAAAACAUAUGGGUUAUGAGCAACCGCCUACCCAUAUUUUUAUAUAGCCAGUUAGAUUUUAAUGAUAUAAAUUUCCGCAUCUUACGCGCCAAUAUUAACAAGGUCACUACCGGCACUAUAUGCGAUCCCAGUGUCAGAGCAAGUACGAAGCUCAAAACUGCUACACUGAAUGAGGGGCAAUGCCUAUGAUGUGGACACGUGGAAGAAGAAUUUCUUAAAAUCUAUAUUUUUAUAACAAUUGAAAGCAAAAUUAA